CAUCGAUUUAGCGAAGGAUCGCCCAGGGCCCCCGCUGAAACCAUCCCGGCUGACGGUGGGGGAAUUAUAAGUCCGCGUCAGAAAUGUUCCCCCGGCUGAUGCCAGGUCGGCUGUGAGGGAGAUCUGGGCCAACUCCAAGAGCCAUGAGGAAUCUAGUCCGGAGGACAUUGCUCCAAGUCAAGAAGGGAUUGCAGAUGGAGGUGUCGGAGGGAAUGGAUUGUCCGGCCGCGGGACAACAAUCCGACGACGGGCGGGUCGGCUAGCCGCCUGGUAGGUACCUAUACUCCCGCCCGACCCGACCGACCAUCCUAUAUCUACUAGAUGGAUGUACCCAGCUAUCCCAACCACCAUCAUCCCCAUCAACUCCUCAACCCUCCUCACUACCAUCGAUACCAUCCUCUCUUCCACAUCCCCACCAAAGCAAACCAAUCAUGGUCCAAAACGGCACCCCCCUCCCCGCCAAACUGGCCGGUCCCCCUCUCAGCGACCGCGACGCCAUCGCCGACGCCUGCUACCGCGCCUUCUCCUCCAUUGACCAAUCCAGCGAAGAGCUGCUCGAGUCCAGCGUCACCCCGGACGUCUACACCGACAUUGCCUUCAAGGUGUGCGAUGGCUACGACGAGCUCUUGAACAAGGUCUGGGUGAAUGUCAGCAACCGGGUCGACACCAUCCACUACCUCAGUAACAUGCGAGUCAGUGUCGACACGGAAACCACUGGCCGGGUGACGUUUGUGGCUCAGGCGGUGCAUUGUGUCGUGGGGAAGGGAUAUGAGCCCGAUUCGACGAAGUUUGUCACGGGGGCUUUCUAUGCGUGUGAUGCGGUGAAAGUGGAGGAGGGCUUCUGGAAGUUGAAUAAGAUGAAGUCGACGCAUAUUUGGUCGACGGGAGAUCGGUCGAUUAUGAAGCCGCCUCAGUGAGGGAUUAGUGGAAUGGAUUAAUAUGUAUCUAUCGUGCUUGGAGGAUUUGGUUACAUUUGUUGGGUUUAUAGUUCGGGACAGAAUAUAGAUGUCUGCGAUUUCGUUGUCUGAAUUUAACUACACUUAUCAAAGAUAUGAACCCUCAAUUGUAAUCGACUGUAUUUGUAG